AUGUCUUACGCUUGGCGAAAAAAGAAUAGAGAGCUAAAUAAGGAGAACUUGAGAGCUACGGUGAAACAUGGCGGUGGAACUGUGAUGGUCUGGGGUUGUAUGUCCGCAGCCGGUGUAGGAAAUGUGGAGUUUAUUGAAGGGACAAUGGACAAAAAUAUGUAUCUUAAUAUCCUAAGAAGGAAUUUGCUGCAAAGUGCCGAGAAUCUUGAUAUAAAAGAAAAAUUCCGCUUUUAUCAAGAUAACGACCCAAAACACAAAGCAGCAGUCGCUCAAUCCUGGCUCAUAUGGAACUGUCCCCAUUUGAUGACACCCCCGGCACAGUCACCUGAUAUGAAUGUUAUUGAAAAUUUGUGGGCAUUAUUAGACAAAAACCUUCGAAGCCACAAAAUUUCGAACAAAGAGGAAUUGAAAAAGGCGCUACUAGAGGAAUGGCAGAAAAUUACCCCAGAAACCACACAAAACAAUAUCCUGAUAAGCUGCCUCGCGGGUUUGCUGAUUCUGUUACUCUUUAUCGUCGCAAUUUAUUACAAAUUUCGCAAAGGAGUUAACAUCUGGUUAUUUUAUCAUAAGGCGUGUUUAUGUUGCAUCAAUGAAGAUGAGUUGGAUAAGGAUAAAAAUUUCGAUGCCUUUAUCUCCUACGCACAUCAAGAUGAAGACUUUAUCAAUCAGACGCUGCUGCCGCAGUUAGAGCAAGGCACGCCACCAUUUCGCAUUUGUACACACGAACGCAAUUGGCUUGCAGGCGCUUAUAUACCCGAACAAAUUGUCGAAUCGGUCGCACAAUCGUGUCGCACGAUCAUUAUACUCUCACAGCAUUUCAUCGAGUCCGAUUGGGCGCGCAUGGAGUGUCGCACGGCGCAUCAAUAUUCCUUGAACGAGGGGCGUGCGCGCAUAAUUAUUGUGAAAUAUGGUGAAAUUAGUUGUACCGAACAAUUGGAUGAAGAGCUGAAAGCCUAUUUGGAUGCAAACACCUAUUUGGACUGGGCCGAUCAAGGAUUCUGGCAGAAAUUGCGUUAUGCCAUGCCACUUAGGAAGGGUGAGAGUCGUAACGCAGGCAUGCUUGAGUUAAACAAGCGAGUUUAUGUAAUCGGAGCCGUAGGGCUGAAUCGUUGA